AUGAUGUCUCCUCUUAAGUUUGCGGCCUUUGGCAUUGUAGCUCUCUGCACCGACCUCUCCCAAGCCGUGCCAACAGCUUCUGUUGUUGAUGCCGCUCUCGUGCCGCGCAACGGGUGUUCUGAUCAAGGAGCUGGGCACUGUAACCUUGUAAUGGGUGGCAUACCAAACGGCGACACAGCAAUCACCUGGACCGAAGCAAUCAUUUACAACAACGCUUGUCGCAAGCUCGGUGACCAAGGCGGACUCUACCCAGUCAAGCAGGGUGAUUACUGA